GAGUCUACGACAAUUGCUCCGCCCGCGUUCAUUCUCCUCCCUCCUCUCGCGGCCCCCUUCCAUCGUCCUCCCAGACUCCGAUCAUGGCUGAGCAGCUGGUCCUUCGCGGCACCCUUGAGGGUCACAAUGGCUGGGUUACUUCCCUGGCUACCUCUCUGGAGAACCCCAACAUGCUGCUCUCUGGCAGUCGCGACAAGACCCUGAUCAUCUGGAACCUGACCCGCGACGAGCAGGCCUACGGUUACCCCAAGCGCAGCCUUGAGGGUCACUCUCACAUCGUCUCCGACUGUGUGAUCUCCUCCGACGGUGCCUACGCUCUGUCCGCCUCUUGGGACAAGUCCCUCCGCCUCUGGGAGCUUUCCUCCGGCCAGACCACCCGGACGUUCGUUGGUCACACCAACGACGUUCUCUCCGUUUCCUUCUCCGCCGACAACCGCCAGAUCGUUUCCGGCUCCCGUGACCGCACCAUCAAGCUCUGGAACACUCUUGGAGACUGCAAGUACACCAUCACCGACAAGGGCCACACCGAGUGGGUUUCGUGCGUGCGCUUCAGCCCCAACCCCCAGAACCCUGUCAUCGUCUCCGCUGGCUGGGACAAACUCGUCAAGGUUUGGGAACUCGCUUCCUGCCGCCUCCAGACCGACCACAUCGGUCACACUGGCUACAUCAACACCGUCACCAUUUCCCCCGAUGGAUCCCUCUGUGCCUCCGGUGGUAAGGACGGUGUCACUAUGCUCUGGGAUCUCAACGAGUCCAAGCACCUCUACUCUCUCCACGCCGGUGAUGAGAUUCACGCCCUUGUCUUCUCCCCCAACCGCUACUGGCUCUGCGCUGCUACCAGCAGCAGCAUCACCAUCUUCGACCUCGAGAAGAAGAGCAAGGUCGACGAGCUCAAGCCCGAGUACAUUGAGAAGGGCAAGAAGAGCCGCGAGCCCGAGUGUGUUUCUCUCGCCUGGUCCGCUGAUGGCCAGACUCUUUUCGCUGGUUACACUGACAACAAGAUCCGCGCUUGGGGUGUCAUGUCGAGGGCGUAGAUUGUGAGCAUAGAGAGGAAAUGACAAAAUAAUUGUGAAGGACUUGAGAGCGAAUGGGUUGAAUUUGGCAGACGAACCAAAAUAAAGCCUCCUAAAGCUUUUGUUUGAUAUCAAAUCUUCUUUUAUCAUCUUCAUCACCUCCUUAUCCCCAUUCUUCCCUGGGACCCUUCCAUACUCAAAAAUCGGGCAGGCAUUUGGUUGGGAUUGUAUGAGCCAUGAGCAAUGAAGCACUCUUCGCGAAUAUUCGUGUAAAAGACCCGUUGGGGGUCGUUCGAA